AACAUUAUAUACAAACAAUUUGUUUUUUCUGUAUCUAUCAUUUUAUAUAAAUGUGUAUGUUGCAUUUACGUUUAAAGUUAACACCUCAGAAGUGACCAUAGGCCACAGAAUUUCAGGAGAUUGCCUUUUCUUCUAUUUCCCAAUGUUUUCGUGGGGGCCAUGUGAGCGAAUAGACAAUAUACCAAUCAUGUGUAGCACAGGCCCAUAUACAGGAUCAAAUACAACAGCGGAAACUUUUAAUUUUUCUUCAACGGGUGCAAAUUAUACUUGGAGUGCUGCCAACAGUAUUUGUUUGAAACUGAACUAUCACCCAGCAUCAAUAGCAAGUAUAAUAAAUAGUAAAUUCGGCAAUCAACAAAAGCAGUAUUAUUGGACAGGCAUUACCAGAUCUACCGCCAUCAUCAAAUCAACAAGUGCUGAUAUAUUAACAAAUCAUUUAGUGCAACAGUUUGCGUUUUUGAAAAAUGGUAGUUGUGCUUUGCAAUUCGCCGGCAAUGAUGUCAUCAAAAGAGCUCUCUGUAUACAAGCAACUGAAACUAUCUCUACAUCGUUCACACCUCACGUUACCAAAUCAACUGUGAUUUCGACAGACUUUCCAACAACUGAGAUAAGCAAAUCCCCCUACUCUACUGAUAACGCGUCGUCACACGUAGUUUCAUCGACAGGGGAAUCGAUCCCUAGAGAGUUUCCAGUAAUAGUUGGAAUUGGUGUGGCAGUUGGAAUUAUGUUAGUAGUGGGUGCAGUCGUUGUCAUCUUUGUACUUAGGAGAAGGGGAGUUUUGCCGUGUACAUUCGGGACGACAACGGACGAACCUUACGCCAGCACCAUCUCGUUUGCAAACAGAUCGAAUGAAGAAACCGUUGAUAACCAUAACUAUGUGAUGAUAGAUACACGCACACAAUCAGUUGAAUAUAUAAAUGUACAAUCCCAUACUGAAAGAGCGUAUGAAAAUAAAUAAGAUAGAAGUUGAAUUUUAAAGAAUUUCUCUGUCAUUUUUAACACACAAUUUGUAUUUUUAGAGCAUAUGCUUCGUUCAGUAUAAGUUAUUGUUUAAUUUUUAAUAUACACUUCUGAUAUAUAUGCAUCGGUCCACAUACAUGUAUCUGUUAUGCAUUUACUUGUAGGAACUAUGUUCAAGCAAUUUUGCGUUGUUUUAUAUAUUUAUAUUAGGGAUGCAAGAGGUUACAAAAAACAAUAACCGGUUAACCUUUUGCCGUAACCGGUUAUUAACCGGUUAACCGAAAAACCUUUAGUAGAAAAAAUGUUUUAGUAUACGUUAAACAUGUCAUACCGCUCGUACAUGCACUCUAUAGAAACGAAAGCAAUUGCUUGCGUUGAUAACAUAUCGGUUUCUUAAUAAAAAAAUAUUAUAACAUUUGAACAUAACGACGACGAAGAAAAGAAAAGUUGUAAAAUACCGUAUUUUUUUACAAUUAUUAGUUUAUAUUGAUUCAAAUAUCACGACUGGUAUAAUGCAUUACUCGAAAUAAAGUUGUUAAGUUUUCAUAUUUUCAGUAUAUUUGGUAAUACAUUUUACUGGGUAAGUCUACCAGGUAACUACCAGUUAACUAUAAAUAACGCAAGUAGAUUGAUUAUCAUCGACACGCGGUAAACCCAGAAAUGCAAAUUGUGCAUGCGUAGUGAAUUGUUUUUAUAUAAUGAUCAACCUACUUGCGUUAUUUAUACUAAAUAAAUCGUUAUGUCACCUAUUUUCUCGAUGUACUUUAGAUUUCACAUCGCGAAAUUUUU